GAGAGAGAGAGAGAGAGAGAGAGAGAGAGAGAGAGAGAAUUGGAGCUGCUAAAUGUGUUUUUUUAUUUUAAUUUAUGACCCUAGAUUUUGUUACAGUAGAAAAGCCAGUUGCUGAGGCCUACCUCGUGAGAAGCAGUGCAUGAUGACAUUUGCUGUCUAGAUGACCAACUUUGCGCCCUAUCAAGGAGAAUUUUUCAUCGAUGCUCCUAUCGUAUGCAUAGGAUGUAUAUAAGUAUGAAGUGGGCCCAUGCUUCUUGUCAGGUAACGAACGACCUGCUGUUUUGCGGUUGUAAGUCUUCUCUGUUUUCUCCCUUUUCCACAUUGGGAGCAGACAUUUAUGGACUCGAAGCCGGCCCGAUUGUAGUCCAUUUAUGAACUCGAGCUUCGCCAUAGGGUGCAUGGUUCCUGGCACGUUGCCAGCUUGGUCUUUCUUGCCAUAUCUCGUGUGUUCAAAUUCCGGACCUCCGUUCGUUUCCCCCCCCUAGCCGUCGCCGCCGCUGCCUCCUCCUCUUUCUCCUCCUCCUCCUUCUGCUACUCUGCUCGCCCCCCCCCUGGGUCUCUCCUUUUCCUCUUUGAACGCUGUCGUGUUAAUUGUGAUUGGAACCUAUUUCGAAAUAUGAAAUAAAGGUGCUGCCUAGAGUUGGGACUAUUUCUCUUGUUCCAGGUGUCUCCGUACCGCAUCCCCGUUAUCGGUUCCUCUGCCGUCUGUUGUAACGAUGGAUAAAGAGAGAGCUGAGUGUGUUUAGACCUGGAUCUUGUCUGUCCAGUGUUUGCCGGACCUUUCUCGAAUUGAAAUGUCUGUGUUGCCAUAUCAUGGCUCAGCAUACGUGGUGUGACUUUUGCGCACCAUAACGCGCUCCUGCGCUCACAGCUGGAGGUGUGAUGCAUGCAUGGGCUUCUUCUUCCAUAAAUGGCACCGACUUGAGGGCAUACGACGAGGCCACGAGUUGGUCAUCACUCAGGAAUGCGACGCGGGUGCAACGAGCUGCCGGGCAUUUUGGCGGCAUGGCCGGGCAGUGACCCAAGCGCAGCUCUGCGGUCAUUGCAAGUGUCGGCAUUGGUUCUGUUGGGGCAUUUCUGCCGUUGAAUGGGUUGCGAAGUGGCGUGGGCCGUUUUUGGGCAUGCGACGAGGCCACGACUUGGUCGCUGACUCAGGAAUGCGACGCGGGUGCGCAACGACCUGCCGGAGAUUUGGGCGCGGCCGGGCAGCGACCCAAGUGCAGCUCUGCGGUCACAUUGCAAGCGUCGGCAUUGGUUCUGUCGGGGCACUUCUGCUGUUGACUGGGUUGUGAAGUAGCGUGGGCCCUUUUUUGGCAAGAGGAGAGGGCGCAUGUUUUAUGCUCGCGUUCGUACCGUGACCAAAGGAGGGGUUCUUCCCUGACUGAGGCAGAGAUCCUUGCACAAGCUGCCCCGCGGACCGCGUCCUGGAAUGAAAUAAGGCUCAAUUUCCCGUCGACCGAUGUGUUCCGAUGUGUUCAUCCUGUUCACCUGGAUGGUAAUCUUGCCACAAUUUCGUCUAAGUAUUAUUCUUCUUCCAAGUCAAAGUGAGGGAGGGGGGCGGCGGAGCUGUGAAGUUCUUGUUCGAGAAUCGGGGUUCUUUUGAGACAGCCUGCCCGCUUUCAAUGUGCAUGUUUCAGACUUUAAUAAUGAUCACAUCUAUCCAUCCCCUCUCUUUGUGCAGAUCUCCCCCUCCCCUCCCCCCUCAAGUUUCUUCUUGUUUUAGGCUUUUAUUCUACCUACCGCUAGAUGAUUUGUCGCCAUAAGUGGGAAAGUUGGUGCCAUCCCGGAUAGGAUCUCCCCCCCUCCCCCUCCCCCUCCCCCUCCCCCUCCCCCUCCCAUCUCUUAAUCUGCUGUCAUGGUAUGUAUCGUCUCCCAGCCUGUGCUCUAUUAAAGGUUCUCUGAUGCAAAAGAGUGUGCGAGUAAAGAGUAGAUAGGUACCUAAGACAUCGGAUGUCGAUUGUGAGGUUGUGCCGGUUGGUGAGCAAAUAACGCUUCAUCAGUUUCAUACGUGUCCUUGUUUGAGUUUACGUGUUUCCAUAAGCUACCCAUUUCAGUUUUCUCCGCUGAUCAGACUCUUAUCGUGUUUGUUUCCUUCUUCGACGAAGGGAGCAAGCAUUCAUUCUCGCUUAUUAUGUGGUUGGUUGUUUGCGGGCCAUAUCCUGCGUUCAAAGAGAGCAGCAUAAUUUCCGCGUUAUUAUUAUGUAGCCCGUGUGCUACAUACGUACUGUAUUUUUAUUGACGAACCUGCAGGUGGGAACAGGCUAUAUAAUGGUUUUGGAGGCUGGGGCCGCCGCAUUC